AUGAAGUUCACACUCGGCUUGUUCAUACUGACCCUGCUCGCUGCACUAUGCUUCGCGACGGCGCCUCAGAAGCAGUACAUCAUCAGCUACCCACAAGAUACACCGGUCUCAGUUCUCGAGGAUGCCAAGGAUGCGAUCGUGAAGGCUGGUGGCGUGAUAGAGCAUGAGUACAACCUUAUCAAAGGCUACGUUGUCAGAAUGUCGGCCAAUACACUCGACAAAGUGCAAGCGAUGGGUUCCAGCAACAACGUUCUCAUCGAAGAAGACAAGACCAUCAACGUCGCCAAGUCGUGA